AGCGAGAAGCGGCAGCAAGGUGCACACAGUGUACUCUCACCAGAGACAGAAACAACACAGAGAUGUCUUUAUAGACAAAAAUAUCUCUAAAUUCUUAGACUUUUUAUGACAUUUUAGUUUACUUCUCGUAAGAUUGAGACCAUUGUAACAGUCACACUCAGACAUUUCAAAUGAUACCAAACAUGACUGUGAAUAUCACUUGCAUUCAUGCAGAAUAUUAUAUUUUGCUAUUGACCGUUCUGAGUGAGCCGAGUGAAAGGGAGGAAGUGAGGGAAAUGGUUUUUCACAUCUUCUCACAGUGACAUGUGAAAACAGAUGCUGCCACUAUGUUAAUACGCUGUGUAUGUAUUGUUCAUAUCGCAGAAGACAAAAGUGUCUGCGGUUAUUUUUACAACAGUUUCCUGAGAACUAAUCUUUCUGAAUAACAAGCCAGAUCUGAGUGAGUGUGGAUGUUGAUAUCUGACAGCCAUUCUUCUGAUUAUCAUAUCUCUUCACGAAAGAAAGCAGGAUGCAGGUUUAGACUUCUUUUACCGAAGUGAAAGCAAUUUCAGAGCUGCUGUUUAAUGGUUUUAGAGGAGGAAAUAGAAAGAUCUGCAAAUAAGUGAAUCAGUGACAGAAGAUGACGUCAGAGCAGAAUCUGGAUUCACUGGAUGAGAGUCAAAGCAGAAAUGAAAUUUACAGAUGUGGUUCCUGCCACAGACGACUGAAGUCCAGAACAUCUAAUCAACAUGAAUGCUCAGAGACAGAAGAGAAACAGAGAAAAAAACAAGUACACUCUGCUUCAGUCCAGAGAAAUGACCAGACUGGAGUCAAAGUGGCUAUAAAUGCUGAAACAGCUGCAAGUGUUAAUGCUCUUUUAUUGGCUGGAAACACCUUUAAUGAUACUGUAUACUUUUGUGCUCCAGGAAAUGAUAAUCAGAAAUCCUCAGAGACGGCAGAGGAACAGAGAGAAAAACAAGAAAAUUUGAAGCUGCAAUUCUUGAAAACUCACAAAACCAACAUGAAGAAGAAAGCAAAAUAUAUUUUUGAGUGCAAGAAAGAAAAUGAAGUACAUCUCAAGGCUGUUUACACAGAACUGUACAUCACAGAGGGAGAUAUGAAAGAUGUCAAUUGUGAACAUGAGAUUCAUCAGAUUGAUGAUUUUCCAAAGACCCAGAAAUCACAGGACAGACCAAUCAACUGCAAUGACAUAUUUACAUUAUUAAGGGAAAACAAUGAUGAAAAGAUUGCGCUGACCAAGGGCAUUGCUGGCAUUGGAAAAACGGUGUCUGUGCACAAGUUCAUCCUGGACUGGGCAGAAGAAGAAGCCAAUCGGGAAAUAGAAUGUUUGUUCCUGCUUCCAUUCCGAGAUAUAAACUUAAUGAAAAAUGAAGAUCUCAGUCUCCAUGAAUUUCUGGUGAAAUUUUAUCCAGAAUUGAAGGACCUGGAGAAAGCAAAGCUAUAUAAGGAAUGUAAGCUUGCGUUUAUAUUUGAUGGACUUGAUGAGAGUCGCCUGCCUCUAAAUUUUACCAGUAGGUCUCUGAACACUGUUGAGGAAAAAGCAUCUGUAGAUGUGCUGUUUACAAGUCUGGUCAAAGGGACAUUGCUUCCAUCAGCUCUCAUUUGGGUGACCUCACGCCCAGCAGCAGCCAAUCAGAUCCAUCCACGCUAUGUAGGUUUGUUCACAGAAGUGCGAGGAUUCACUGACAAACAGAAGGAGGAGUACUUCAUAAAGAGAAUCAGAGAUGAGAGUCUGGCCUCCAAAAUCAUCUCACACAUUAAGACAUCUCGUAGUCUCUACAUAAUGUGCUACAUUCCUCUGUUCUGCUGGAUCACGGCCACAGUACUUCAGAAUAUUCUCAUCAAAAAUAAUGCAGAGAACAUCAGCACAACACUCACUGAAAUGUACAUUCACUUCCUGCUGAUACAGAUGAAAAUGAAGAGCCAGAAAUAUGAUGAACAAGAAGAAAGGCAACGUAUAAAGCUCUUAUAUUUUAACAGAGAAAUGAUUUUAAAAUUAGCCAAACUGGCCUUUGAACAGCUGAAGAAGGAAAACACUGUAUUUUAUGAGGAAGAUCUGGAAAAAUGUGAUAUUAAGGUGAAUGUAGCCACUGAGUUUACAGGGAUGAUUGCUGAGAUCUUUAAGGAGGAAGAUGGACUUCAUGAGACAAAGGUUUUCUCCUUUGUGCAUCUGAGUGUUCAAGAGUUUCUCGCUGCAGUGCAUGUGUUCAUUUGCUACAUGAACAAGAACAUACAGGAGCUUCAGUUUUUCUUUGAUGAGGCAAAACAAAAUGUCACAUUGCAGGAGCUACUGCAGAAGGCUGUUGAUAAAGCAAUGCAGAGUGAGAACGGACAUCUAGACCUGUUCCUGCGGUUUUUGAUGGGCAUUUCACUGAAAUCUAGUCAAAACCUGCUCAGAGGCUUGUUCACACACCCUGAAGUCUCAACAGAAAGCAUCACACACACAGCUGAAUACAUUAAACUAGUACAAAAUGAAUACAAUAUUUCAGAUGAAACUUCAGUCAAUCUAUUUUACUGUUUACUUGAGCUCAAGGAUCAUUCAUUAUAUGAGGAAAUCCAGAGUUACCUCAGUUCAGAUAAACAUCCAAGAAGAAAACUCUCAUCUUCAAUGUGCACAUUGCUGACCUCAGUACUGCUCAUGUCAGAGAAGGUGCUGGAUGAGUUCAACCCAAAAAAUUUCACAUCAUCACAAGCAGACUACAAAAGACUCAUUCCCGCUAUGAGAUGCUGCAGAAAAGCACUAUUUGACAACUGUGGUCUUGAUGACACAUACUGUGAAACUGUGUCUUCUGCUCUACAAGCAUCAAACUCCCAUCUGAUAGAGCUGGACCUGAGUAGCAAUCACCUGCAGGAUUCAGGAGUGAAGCUGCUUGGACUGGAGAGAUUACACUGUCAACUAAACACACUGAGGAUAUGUGGAUGCAAUCUCACUGCUCAGUCCUGUAACAGUUUGUCUUCAGCUCUACAAUCUUCAAACUACCAUCUGAAUGUGCUGGACCUGAGUAACAAUGACCUGCAGGAUUCAGGAGUGGAGCUGCUUUCUGAAGGACUGAAGAGUCCAAACUCUCAGCUAAAGAUAAUGAGAUGUUCCAUAUGUAAUCUCACUUCUCAGUCUUGUGGGAGUUUGUCAUCAGUUUUACAAUCCCCAAACUCUGUCCUGAGAGAGCUGGACCUGAGUAACAAUGACCUGCGGGAUUCAGGAGUGAAGCUUCUUUCUGAAGGACUGAAAAGUCCAAACUUUAAGCUGAAGAUACUGAGGUUGUCUGGAUGUAUGGUGACAGAAGAAGGCUGUUGUUAUGUGUCUUCAGCUCUGACUUCAAAUCCCUCACACCUGAGAGAGCUGGAUCUGAGCUACAAUCACCCAGGGGAUUCAGGAGUCAAGCUGCUCUCUGAAAAACGGCAGGAUCCAAACUGCAAACUGGAUAAACUAAAUGUGGAUCAUGGAGGCGAAUCCAGGAUUACAGCAGGGCUAAAGAAAUAUGCCUGUUUUCUCACACUGGAUCCAAACACAGCAAAUACUCAACUCAUUUUGUCUGAGGAGAAAAGAAAGGUGUCAUGUUUGGACAAGAAACAAUCAUAUUCUGAUCAUCCAGACAGAUUUGAUGAUUGUCUUCAGGUGUUGUGUACAGAGAGUGUUAAUGGACGCAGCUUCUGGGAGAUUGAGUGGAGUGGUGAUGAUGGUGUGUAUGUAGCAGUGUCAUAUAAGAGCAUCAGCAGGAAGGGAGAUGGUAAUGACAGUUGGUUUGGAUGUAAUGAUCAGUCCUGGAGUUUGAUCUGCUGUCCUGACAGAUACUCAUUCAGACACAAUAAUAUAGUGACUUGUCUCCGUCUGAAGCCCAUCAGCAGUAGAAUAGGAGUGUAUGUGGAUCACAGUGCAGGAACUCUGUCCUUCUACAGCGUUUCUGACACAAUGAGCCUCAUCCACACAGUCCAGACCACAUUCACUCAGCCACUCUAUCCUGGGUUUAGGGUUUAUUAUAAUUCAUCCGUGAAACUGUUUUGACAAUUGACGAGAGAUUCUGCCCAUAAUGCUUUGAGCUGCAUGAUAAAUCAUUAACAGUGAAAUGUUAGAGUCUCGUCUUUUCUCUUAAUAACAUUAAUACUGCAGCUGAACUUCUGUCAGUGAAAAAAUAGAAUAAAUGAAUAAAAUGUGUGUAAUAAAUCUUCGUAUAGACCAGUGUUUCUCAACCCUGGUCCUGAGCGCCCCCCAGCCCUGUACAUUUUGUGUGUCUCCCUAAUCAGAAACACCUGAUUCAGCUCAUUAGCUCAUUAAAAGAAACUCCAGGUACUGAAAUAGGUGUGUCAGAUAAGGGAGACAUACAAAAUGUGCAGUGUUGGGGGCGCCCAGGACCAGGGUUGAGAAACACUGAUAUAGACAGUAAGAUCAGUGUGUGUUUUUGCAUAUGCAAACUGUGUGUUGCUUCAAGAGUGCAACCAUACAUUUGUGUUGUGCUUUCUUUCUUUUAUAUUCAUUUAUUGAUUUUUAAUUAUUUUUCAUUUAAUCAUUUUAUUAUUCCAAUAAAUCAUAUUAUCGUUUAUUAUCAUUUUAACCAUUCAUAUAUUCAUUUCAUUGAUUUGUUCAUUGAAUAGCCAUUUAUAUUAUUGUUUUUUAAUAUUAUUUUUCCAUUAUUCUUUAGUCUUAUGAUGUGUUUCAAGAGCCAUUUGUCACAGCCACUUGUCGGAGUGCCCAUGUUAGCCACCAGAGGGCACUCUUUUGAACUAUUGUUUGUUUUCAUUGAACUCCAACUCCCAUCACCCUUUGCCUGGACUAUCAACCCUCAUUGCCAUCAGCUGCGGGUGAUUACCAUUUUAGCUCACCUGUAUAUAUACAAUGCUGACUGAGUUUUGGGUUGUGGAAGAAUUGCUCUGUGUCUUUGCUGGUGUCCGAUUUGUUUCACCGUGUGUGAUGUUUUUGCCCAUUUUGUCUCAUGUAUUAGGUUUUUGGAUUACUUUAUUAAAUGAAGCAUGUGGAUCUUU